GCGCCACCGGUUAGAUGCGGAACAAGGAGAAGGAGAGACGCGGUUAGAGGGGGCUGAGGACUGUUGUCCUUCAUCACUUCAGCACAGAGUGUACAAGCUGUAACAACACAUCCUUAGAUUGUUUUAUCGAAUUUAACUUGGACAUUUUCUGAACCGAAGGGGAAAUGGCGCAGCCAGACACCAAGAAAAUAUUCUUUGAGAACCUGUCGGGAGCAGGGAAAGCCAUCGCCGUGCUGACAAGCGGAGGAGAUGCUCAAGGGAUGAAUGCUGCUGUGCGUGCUGUGGUCCGGAUGGGGAUCUACGUGGGUGCAAAAGUUUAUCUCAUUCAUGAGGGAUAUCAGGGUAUGGUGGAUGGAGGGGAGAACAUAAAGGAGGCCACAUGGGAGGGUGUCUCCAGUAUGCUGCAAGUGGGCGGGACUGUGAUCGGCAGCGCUCGCUGCAAAGACUUCCGCUCCCACGAGGGACGGCUGAAGGCCGCUCACAACCUGGUGCGUCACGGCAUCACCAACCUGUGUGUGAUCGGAGGAGACGGCAGCCUGACGGGGGCCAACCUCUUCAGGGAGGAGUGGAGCGGGCUACUGGCUGAGCUGGUGGAGCAAGGACUGAUCGAAGCUGACGCGGUCCAGAAGUACUCUGCCCUUCACAUCGUGGGGAUGGUGGGCUCCAUCGAUAACGACUUCUGUGGAACCGACAUGACCAUCGGCACUGACUCUGCUUUGCACAGGAUCAUCGAGGUGGUGGAUGCGAUUAUGACGACCGCCCAGAGCCACCAGAGGACGUUUGUGUUGGAGGUCAUGGGCAGACACUGCGGCUACCUGGCCCUGGUGAGCGCGCUGGCCUGCGGUGCAGACUGGGUGUUGAUCCCUGAGAUGCCGCCUGAGGAUGGCUGGGAGGAGAAGAUGUGUCAGAAACUAUCAGCGAACCGUGCAGGGAUGAAAAGGCUGAAUAUCAUAAUUGUAGCCGAAGGGGCGAUUGAUCGUAACAACAAGCCCAUUACCACUGACUAUAUUAAGAAUCUCGUUGUCAAAAACCUGGGCUUCGACACACGAGUGACGAUUCUGGGCCAUGUGCAGAGAGGAGGAACACCUUCUGCCUUUGACCGCAUCUUGGCCAGUCGUAUGGGGGUGGAGGCUGUUCUGGCCCUGUUGGAGACCACCGCCAACACACCGGCCUGUGUGGUUUCUCUGUGUGGGAACCAGUCGGUGCGUGUGCCUCUGAUGGAGUGUGUACAGACGACUCAAGAAGUCCAGAAGGCCAUGGACCAGAAGCGGUUUGAGGAGGCCGUGAAGCUUCGGGGCAGGAGCUUUGAAAACAACCUGAAGACGUACAAACUGCUGGCUCAUCGUAAACCUGAGUCUGAACUGCCCACUAGUAACUUUAACGUGGCGGUGCUGAACGUUGGAGCCCCCGCUGCCGGCAUGAACGCCGCUGUCCGUUCGGCGGUCAGGGUGGGGAUCUCUGAGGGACACAAGAUGUUUGCAGUCAACGAUGGAUUUGAAGGCUUCUACAAAGGACAGAUUAAGGAGAUUAAAUGGGGAGAUGUCGGAGGAUGGACAGGACAGGGUGGCUCGCUUUUAGGAACCAAAAGAACACUUCCUGCAAAGCAUGUGGAGAAAAUAGCCGAGCAGAUGCGGAAGCAUAACAUCAACGCUCUGCUGGUUAUCGGUGGAUUCGAGGCCUUGCUGUCGCUGCUGGAAUUGUCAGCGGCUCGUGGGAAAUAUGACGAGUUCUGUGUGCCGAUGGUCAUGGUCCCAGCCACUGUCUCCAACAAUGUGCCUGGCUCAGACCUCAGCAUUGGCGCCGACACGGCUCUGAACGCCAUCACUACUGCGCUUGAGUGUCUGCUGCAGCUGUACGAAGCUCGUGCUACCUUUGAGGAGUUUUGCAUCCCGAUGUGUAUGCUUCCUGCCACCAUAAGUAACAAUGUACCAGGCACUGAUCUAAGUAUCGGGGCAGACACGGCCCUCAAUGCUAUUGUGGAGACUUGUGACCGCAUCAAGCAGUCGGCCAGCGGGACCAAGAGGCGUGUGUUCAUCAUUGAGACCAUGGGGGGCUACUGUGGCUACCUGGCUACUGUCGGAGGCCUGGCGGCUGGUGCUGAUGCAGCUUACAUCUACGAGGAGCCCUUUGACAUCAGAGAUCUGCAGGCGAACGUUGAGCAUCUGACAGAGAAAAUGAAGACCAGCAUCCAGAGAGGACUGGUUCUCAGGAAUGAGAACAGCAGCGACAACUACACAACGGACUUCAUUUAUCAGCUGUACUCAGAAGAAGGGAAGGGGGUGUUUGACUGCAGGAAGAACGUGCUGGGACACAUGCAGCAGGGAGGUGCGCCGUCGCCGUUUGAUCGUAACUUUGGGACCAAGAUCUCAGCCAAGGCGAUGCAGUGGCUCUCCCAGAAGCUGGUGGAGACGUACAGACGAGGACAAGUGUUUGCCAACACCGAGGACUCCUGCUGUCUGCUGGGGAUGCGUGCCAGGGCUCUGGUCUUCCAACCUGUUGUGCAGCUCAAAGAUGACACUGACUUUGUUCACAGGAUCCCUAAAGAACAAUGGUGGCUGAAGCUGCGUCCUCUGAUGAAGAUCUUGGCCAAGUACAAGACGAGCUAUGAUGUCUCGGACUCGGGACAGGUGGAACACGUCAUCCACAGUCGACCCAAAGACUCUGACGCUUCAGUAGCCAUGUGAAGACCCUCGCCUUGUGUCCCCAAAGUCCAGUUGAUGUGUGUGAGGCUGAAGCGUGUGAGGUGAUAGUCCAGGUGUGAAGGAGCGCUCUGUUUGGCCCCACAUUGUGCUCAUUUCCUGUUUCUCAUUUCUUUUAGUGUCACUGUUCUAUCCUUGAGCUCAUGAACUCUCAGCUCCUGCAGUGCUCCUUUUAUCACACACACACACACACACAGAGCCAUCUUGCCAUGAACUCGUGUGUUCUUGUGACCCUGGAUGUUUAGUGUUGUUAAUUUUAAAUUGCACUUUCUCUGUCCCAAGUUGCUUAGACAGGCUCUGAUUGCAGAGCUGCACAAGGACAGAAUAGACACUUUAUCUGCUGUGUGUGUGUGUGUGUAUGUGUGUGUAUGUGUGUGUCUGCCUGCCUAGCACGAGUAGAGGUUCAGUAUAUUCAUGAGACUGAUGCAACAGUUUCGCUGCUGCAGCUCAACUGACUUGUUGUGCUUUACACAGAGAACUAAUAUUUAUAAAUUUAACAUUGUUUAUUUUGCUUGUAAACAUGGAUAUAUUGAUAACUGUACCGUAGAACCUGCUGUACUAAGUAGCUGUCUGUCAUUUGCACCAAUUUAGAUGUGUGAGCCACGUUUACCAUGGAAUAAAAGCAGAUUAUAGAAGUGUA